CAUCAACCACCACCGCUCACCCAAAAUCCAAAGAUUCAAACCGGCAUAAUUUUCCUGGGAAAAGCGGUAAAUUUGUCGUUAAUCUAGCAAGACCGACUGUUUCCGUUGGGCAAUUGAGGCUUAGCCUCUCGGAGUGCUCAUGAUAGACUGUGUGACGCACGAAUCCAAAUCACUCCACGGGCCAUGUUUAAUCUCCGAGUUCUCUGUCGAGAUCAACCACGACGGACAAUUGCAUUGCUUGCUUCCGACCAUGUCCUGAUUUUCCACUACAGUGAAGUCGAGGGUGGGCCUAAGGCCGCCCCCCGCUGUCGGGUCGAAUUCUUAGAGGCUUCGUCCGUGGACCUCGCGGGAUACAGAUCUUUGGGUGCCGGAUACGGUACCUUGGGUCUCGUGACGUUAAAUGAAGACGUUUUCGUUUGCGUGGUUACAGGCUCCUCGCAAGCGGCUACUGUGCGUCCGGCAGAAGCCGUGGCCAGAAUUGACAAUGUAGAUUUUUAUUGUCUCAACCGAUCCGAAUAUGAAUAUGGCCUGGACUACGAAAGUAGCUCCCAAUUCGCCGCCGAUGAUCGGCCUGGUGCAGAAGGCAAAGAGGUGGUCACCGAUCAUCCUUUCCUGGCUCUGAAGAAGCUUUUGGGAGAUGGGAGCUUCUACUACAGUCUCGAUUUUAAUCUGACGGAUCGCUUGCAGGAUCGGUCGGAGAAAUCGGCCGCGUUUGAUAUUGAUUCAUUAGACGAGGACAUGUUGUGGAAUUCGUAUAUGAUCCACCCCCUUCUUCUGUUCCGGAGUCACUUGCCGCCUUCCGAUAAAGCAAAGCUCGAUGCAUCUCAAAUUCUGACAUGCGUUAUUCGAGGGUAUGCUGGUACGCUGAAGAUUCCUGCAACCGUUCCGAUCUUGCCGCGAGUACGGACAAAUAUGCCGGCUCUAUUGACCAUCAUCUCACGGCAAUCCUCUCGGCGUGCCGGCACUCGUUUCAACUCACGAGGCAUCGAUGAUGAUGGCAACGUGGCCAACUUUGUAGAAACGGAAAUAGUCCUAUGGGUGUCUCCGGGGAUCUGUUUCUCAUAUGUGCAAAUACGUGGCUCGGUACCCAUUUUCUGGGAACAAACACCCGGCCUGAUUCCCGGUCAGCAGAAGAUUGAGAUCACACGCUCUCCCGAAGCAACGCAGCAUGCAUUCGACCAACAUUUUGAGACCCUGGAAUUGGAAUACGGGGCGGUUCAUGUUGUCAAUCUACUCAGUGAACUCAAAUCUGGAGAGGCGGAGCUAUCGGCCAAAUUUCGAAACCACAUUGCCCGAAGCUCUGUUAGGCAAAAAGAGGGAUAUCCGAAAUCUUCUCACCAAAGUCUUUUACGAAUGACAGAUUAUGACUUCCAUGCUGAAACUCGAGGACCCGCUGGUUAUGAGGCAAGUCAUCAAAUUAAGUAUGAAUUGGCCGAUUCUCUGGACGGAUUUGCCUACUUCCUAUCCGAGGACAGCAGCCGCCUAUCCUCUUCGAACGUGGACAGAGAAGACGCAGUCAGUACUUCGUCCAUCCUUCUUCAGCAAGAAGGCGUCUUUCGGACCAACUGUCUUGAUUGUCUUGAUCGGACGAACCUUGUUCAGACAAUCAUCAGCUCGAUGGCUAUGGGAACCUUCUUGUCUCAGCAAGGUGCAAGACUUACCUCAGAUCUACAGAUGCGGCACUCCACCCUCUGGGCCGAUAACGGAGAUGCUCUCUCAAAGAUCUAUGCAGGAACCGGUGCUCUAAAGUCGUCCUUCACCCGCCACGGGAAAAUGUCUCUUGCAGGAGCGCUGGCGGAUGCCCGGAAAAGCGCAACGAGGCUCUAUGUCAACAACUUCACGGACAAAGCGCGACAAAAGACGAUUGAUCUUCUGUUAGGUCGACUUGCAAAUCAGAUUCCGGUUCACCUCUACGACCCAAUGAAUGAUUUGGUGUCCGAAGAUCUUGGUCGACGCGCAGCCGAGUACUCCUCUAGCAAGAAUAUUCGGAUUUGGGUCGGUACUUUCAACGUGAACGGCCGUGAUGAAGGCCCGGGCGCAGAUCUUUCUUCGUGGCUCUUCCCUGACGAGGAUCAAUCCAAGGAAGAUCCCACAAUCUUCGCGGUUGGGUUCCAGGAAAUCGUUGAUCUAAGUCCUCAGCAGAUCAUGUCAACUGAUCCAAGCAACCGCAAGGGCUGGGAAAGAGCCGUCCAAAGCUGCUUGAAUAAACACACCAGCGCAAAAGGAACUGGAAAGUAUGUGUUGCUGCGGAGCGGGCAGCUUGUAGGCGCUGCCUUGAUGAUAUACGUGAAAGCAGAUGCGCUGAAGGAGAUCAAGAAUGUUGAAGGAGCUGUUAAAAAGACUGGCCUUUCGGGAAUCGCUGGCAACAAAGGAGGCUGCGCGAUCCGUUUUGACUUCUCGAACACGAGUAUCUGCUUCGUCACUGCCCACUUGGCUGCUGGAUUCGGGAAUGAUGAUGAGCGAGAUCGAGACUAUGAGACCAUUGACAGUGGUCUACGGUUCCAAAAGAAUCGGACCAUCGCCGACCAUGACUCCACGAUCUGGCUUGGUGACUUCAAUUACCGCAUUGGCCUAGGGAACCACAUCGUACGCGAUCUCAUCUCGCAAGGCGAUCUCCAGAAGCUAUAUGACAAUGACCAGUUGAAUCUGCACAUGGUGGCUGGAAGGGUUUUCCAAUUCUACUCUGAAGGCCUCAUCACAUUCCCUCCGACUUAUAAAUAUGACGUUGGAACCGAUAUUUAUGAUACUUCUGAUAAAUCCCGGAUUCCUGCCUGGUGUGACCGCAUCUUGUGGAGAGGAGCCAACUUGCGACAGACGCAGUACCAUACCGCCGAUCUUAGAUGUUCAGAUCAUCGACCAGUUUAUGCCAAGUUCGAUUGCAUGAUUGAUAAUGUCGAUCUUGGACUUAAAGACAAUCUCAGGCGCUUGCUAUAUGAAGAGAAACAGCGUGAUGCUCUUUCCGACUCUAUCAAUUUAUUGGACUUGGACGACGAGGAUAUUUUGCCACCGGGCCCCAUUGCCCCUGGUUUACCAUCUGCGAGCUCUGAUCGAAGCAAAUGGUGGCUUGAUAACGGCGUGCCUGCGAAAGCAGCGCUACAACCACCCAAAGAGGGAUAUGUCCCUAACCCUCAUCGCAAAUCCAAUCCCUUUUCCAGAGACGAUGAGCCUGACUGGAUACCGAGCUCGAUAUUGACGGAGAAGAGUCUCGAGGCUCGUGUUGAUAGAAAGCCGUUACCACCUCCACGGCGGGGAACUGCAGGUGGAACUAAAAACAACAUGCAAUCUCCAGUGGCAGACAAAUCUGCCGCUGAAAAGUCGCCGCCUGCUGUUCCCAGGAAACCGAUCUCCUUGAGCUCCCAGGCGACAGGCGGUCGGAUUUCCUCUGCAACUUCCGGCUCAGCUCGAAGCGCUACUUGGCAAAAUAUUUCGAGUUCCCGUCAGAGCUUAGAUGGGGUAAGUGGAGUAUCUGGAGUUUCUAGCGCCGAAACGGGCGAUCUCCUUGACGACGUUUCAGGAGAGAAUAUUGGGUGGAAGCCUCUACUUCCUCAACGAUGAGUGAGCAAUCUUCUCUACGCUGAACAAUAUGUGAGCCUAUAAUACCGACCGAAAAAAAGCGUCGAGCUGGAGCAAUGAAGAAAACCCGUACUUUCGCCUACCCUUACUCCAGCCACACAGACAACAAUAGGCGCUGUUCGAGAUCUCGUUCAUCAAGUAAUUUUCAUUUGUAUUCAAAUAUCGGUUAUAGAUGUAGCUAAAUGGUAAUGGGGUUCAUUGGAGGGCAGUGAUUAAGCCGUAAGGCUUUCGUGAAGACCACAGAGGCUUCAACAACGAUAGCCAUGGCCCAAGGAUGCCCCGUAGAACGAGUUCUCAUGAAUGUCUUAAUAAAUAAAGACGAGUAGCUCGAAAGGCAAAUGGCCGAAGCCGUAGGCUGGCCAAGCACAGCCUCAUGUCCUGGGAGGGUCAGGCUUUUUCUCCCGAUGUUUCUCUCUCAAAGCUUUAUGCCUGUUUUCUCUUGCCCACUUCAGGCUCAAUGAUGAGAGGUCCAACAAUCCAACCAGCGUAAAGUGGUGGUGGGGGAUGAGCAUGAUUUUGUAUCAAAAAGGGAAUGGAAAGAGGAGAAGCCCCAGGGUAGUGGGCCACACCCCAGUCAUCCAACAUAUACACCUCACUGAGGGGCGGCAUCGGGCUUCUUGUCUGCCUUUACGGCCUUGGCUGACUUAGGAGGGGGCCGGCCACCCAGCAUCCACUUCGCAAAUCCACCCGCGUCACCUUUGCGCACAGGCUUCUUGGGAGCUAUGAAAGAGAUGGUCAGUAUAUCAAGCAGAUGAUGGCAAGGACUCUCUUUCGACCCGUGAUAUGUG